GAGGCCGUUACCAUUGCCCCCUUUCACGCAAAGAUGUUCCAGAACCAAGGCGUUAAGAUUGAGCACAUAUUGACGGUAUUAAGGCAUUAUGAUACAUUUCGACCACUAUCGACACAUACAUUAGAGAGCAUAGCUAAACAAACAUGGUAUAGCUCAAGGAAUUCUUCCAGGGCGACAGUAACCUCCACCUUAUCUCAAGAAGCUCGUGAGAAGGGUUCAUUGAGAGAGGUCAGUCAGCUGCCGACAUCAAGGACGCCUUUAUAAACCAUCAAUCUCAACCAGAAACCGAUCAAAGCGCUGUUUUUUAGGGCUGUUGUCAGGGGUUGAGUUCUCAUCUAAACCAUGUUCACGCUGACAAGCAGAAAAUAAGCAGCCCGCCAAAGGCAUGUAAAUCAUACAUCCUCACUCUAGUCUUAGCUCGGCCGCGUGACUAGUUCAUUUCCUU